UGACACUAUAUUUGAUACUUUACAAACUUAAGACACAUUUUCUUCUCGACAUAUGUCUAUAAAAAGUACUUAAUCCUACUCUCUUGAAAGAUCCACAAACACGUGAUACACAAUAUAAAAGUACUAAAAAUCACAUUUUUGAUACUUGUAUCUGUGUCAAAUAGUACCGCUUAUUCUUAAUGACAUAGACAUGUUUUAUGAACCUUUCUUUAGAGCCUGCACCUCCACAAGGACCCUCCUCCAAAUCCAUGCCCAGCUAUUGGUCACAGGCCUCCAUAAAAAGGCCCAAAUAGCUACUAAACUUGUCAACGUUUAUUCUAAAUUUGGUGACGUCGAGCCUGCUACAUUAGUCUUUAGAAGGGUCACUGACCCAGAUGCUUUUCUCUAUGGAGUUAUGAUGAAAAGCUAUGUAUGGAAUGGGUUCUUUGAGGAACCCAUUAUGCUUUACCAUGACAUGCUUCUUGAGCUUUUGCCUGGUAAUUUCACAUACCCACCUGUACUUAGAGCUUGCUCUGGUCUAAACCAUCUGAUUAUGGGCAAGAAGAUCCAUGGUAUCAUAAUUCAAAAUGGGUUUGAAUCAGAUAAUAUAAUUCAGACUUCUCUGGUGCAUAUGUACACAACUUGCAGUUGUUUGGAUGAUGCUCGUAAAGUUUUCGAUAGAAUUUUGGAGAGAGAUGUGGUUUCAUGGAGCUCUAUGGUUUCUGGUUAUGCACACAAUGGGAGGACUAUCCAAGCUAUUGAGACUUUUUCAGAGAUGAGUUUGAGAGGUGUGGAGAUCGAUUCUGUGACCUUGCUUGGGGUGACUCAAGCUUUCUCUAAUGUGGGGUCUUUAAAACAGGGGAAGCUGAUACAUGGUUAUUUACUGAGGAGGGGGAUUUCAAUUGAUUGGUCGGUUGAGAAUUCACUAAUUUCCUUAUAUAUCAACUGUGGUUGCUUAGAUAGUGCGCAUAAGUUGUUUUCAGUGAUGCCGGAAAAAAGUGUUGUUCUAUGGAAUAAGAUGGUUACUAUCUAUGCUCAAAAUGGUUUAUAUGAGGAGGCAUUGAGACUUUUCAGUCAAAUGAUGAGACAAGGAUUUGGGCCUGAUUCUUUUACCUUUGCUGUUUCUUUCUCAUCUUGUGCAAAUCUAGGAAACUUUGUGCUUGGGAGUCAAGCCUAUUGUGUUGUAAUAAAAACUGGCUUUGAAUCUAAUGAAUUUGUUCAUAACUCCCUCAUAGAUAUGCACUGUAAAUGUGGGUUUGUGUGUGAUGCAUGGAAGAUCUUCGAGAACAUAGAAGACAAAGGUCUUGUGGCUUGGAAUUCGAUGAUCUGUGGGUAUGGACAAAAUGGUAAUUCUGUUGAAGCGAUAACCCUUUUCGAUAGGAUGCUUAGAGAAUACCCUGAGCCUAAUAGGGUGACCUUUCUCAGUGCAAUUCAGGCUUGUUCCCAUCUGGGUUUUCUAGAGAAAGGAAGAUGGAUCCACCAAAAGUCCAUUACCCAUGGUUUUGAUAAUGAUUCUUAUGUUUCUACAUCUCUCAUUGACAUGUAUGCAAAGUGUGGAGACAUUGAAAUGGCUCGAAAAGUGUUUGAAAACAUGAGAGAGAAGAAUGUAGUCUCAUGGAGUGCCAUGAUUGCAGGUUAUGGCAUGCAUGGCUAUCUGGCAAAGGCGAUUUCACUGUUCAAAAAAAUGGAAGGUUCGUGUGUGAAGCCAAACACUGUUACUUUCGUGAGCAUGCUUUCAGCUUCUAGCCAUAGUGGAAGUGUUGAGACAGGCUGGUUCUAUUUCGUAUCCAUGAAAAGAGAUUACCAAAUUAUUCCAAUACUAGAACACUAUGCUUGCAUGGUUGACCUUCUAAGUCGCGCAGGCCAACUUGAUGAUGCAUAUGAGUUCAUAGCAUCGUGCCCUGUGAAACCCAAUGCUAGUAUGUGGGGUGCUUUGCUUGGUGGCUGUAAAAUCUAUCAAAGGAUGGACCUUAUCAAAGAUAUUCAGAAGCAUAUUUUAGAGCUAGAACCAGAGAAUGAUGGAUACUAUGUCUUGCUAUCAAAUAUUUAUGCUGAUAGUGGGAGAUGGGAAGACUUUGGAAGGUUAAGAACAAUGAUGAAAGAUAUGGGAAUAAAGAAGGCACCUGGAUAUAGCCUAGUUGAAAUGAAUGGAAAGGCUCAUAAAUUUGUUGCCGGGGAUACUUCGCAUCCAAAACUGGAGGAGGUUAUGAGGUUUCUGGAGUCCAUGGAAAGUUUGGAAGAAGAAGAGAGAGGUUACCCACCACUCCAAGCGUCCUUGAGGCUCAAUAUAGAGGAAGAAAGGAAGGAAAUUGUUCUUAGAAGCCACAGUGAGAAGCUAGCUAUGGCUUUUGGGAUCAUCAGCACGAACCCAGGGGUGACAAUUCGUAUCACGAAAAAUCUGCGUAUUUGCUCUAACUGCCACAGUUUCACAAAGUUUGUUGCUAAGGUCACAGGCAGAGAGAUUAUCAUGAGAGAUUUGAACCGUUUCCACCAUUUCAAGGAUGGUUCUUGUUCAUGUGGAGAAUAUUGGUGAUCGUACAUGCAUAAAUGCAUUCGUACAUAAAUAUACAUUUACAUGCACACAGAUACAUGCAUCCAUAGAAGCCAGAUUGAUAUUAACAUUAAUUUUUCAUUUCCUUUUUUAUGUUCUAAUGAGUAAUUAAAGCAUUCCAUAUUGUGUGUGUAUGACAUGCAUAGGUGUAUUUGUCAUUUAUCGUUUGUUCACUUUUCACAAGUAAUAGAAUCAUUGAUACAGUAUUGGGGGAGA